CAGCGUUCACUAGGCUGACAAUACCGCCGAACAGUCGCCAUGCAGCAUCAGAGCGGUGGGGCAGGCGACAGGCCCCGCACAGGUGCAGCAGCCUCCCCAGAACCCCCCCUCCCCGCGACGCAUAGACGAGGGCCUCCAUCACUACCAUAUUAUGCACAGGAAGAAACCGAAUGCUCCUGGGCUUGCUUUGUCGCUACCAUCAUCCUCAUUCUCUAUUUCGCUAUCGUGGCUCCCAACCGCCAGCACUAG